AUCAUGGCGGUGAUGUCAGAACACGAGUUUUGUAUCAAACUUGUAAGAGCUAUAGAAAAGUAUGAUUGUUUGUACAACAAUAAAGUACCGGAAUAUACAAGAAAAGAUAUUGUCGAACAAACGUGGAACGAAGUCGCUUUCGAAGUCAAUGUAGAUGCUGCAAAAUGUAAAAAUAAAUGGAGGAAUAUAAGAACGGUUUUUAUGAGACACUUAAAGCAAGGGAAUGGUAAAAGAAAUAAACCUUACUAUUUAAGACGCCGGCUUCAAUUUCUGAUUCCGUUUCUAAAGCCCGCAUCGUUCGAAAUUAAAGAAGAUACACUAUCCAAUAUUUCAAGUGAAUUGGAUCAGUUAAAUUUACCUUCUCCCCUUUCUAGUGAAUUUGUGGGAACUGAAAUUGAAGACGAAGAUUUCGAUGAAAGUAAUAAUGAUGAUGAUGAUGAGAAUGGAGAGGCGGCUAUAAAUAUGAAACAAGAACCUUCACCUACACUAGAGCUUGAACAGGAAACCAAAAGAAAGAUUUGUCACGAAAAUUGGGGAGGUGGUGUAAGGAAAAAAAAGAAGCCUUUAGAAAUAUCCCAAGUUAAUGCUUCCAGUAGCAAUACGUGCAAUUGUCACUCGAAUAGAGAAACAGAAGAAGACCCAAAGAAAGCAUUUUUAACUAGUCUCCUUCCAGAUCUUCGGAGUCUUAAUGAUAAAGAAAUGCGACAAUUUAAGAGAAAAACACUUGAAAUUAUAGAUGAUAUUAUUGAUAGCAGACCUACGUUGAAUGUUUCUAACCAUUCAGAUACAACAAGUAAAUAUGAAUUUAUAACAAUUAAUACAUGAGGGAACCUCAUGU